CUUAAAAAUGUGGGUGCCUAUUGUAAGAGGAAGAUUGUUAUCUCUGAGGCAAGUGGUAAACUCGCUUUAUACGAGAAAAUAUGCAGGUAAACGGGAUCAAUGCGAUGCCCACAUGAACGAGCUGCCAAUUCCCUGCGGCCCGUGGGACAUUUAUUAUAAAGAUAGACAGGCCUUCUAUAAUAAAAUCCUCGCCGGUGGGGCUAUUUGGUGGACGAUAUCCUUAAUCUUGAUGGUGUGGUCUGGCAGUUUUUACCUCAACUGGGCUCCACCAUUGAACCCCGGUCCCCCGAGUGACAUGGUGGAUGAGUGCCAGGACGAUUCCGAAUCUUAGUAACCUGUUACAUAUCGCACCCCUCGUUAAAUAAUGGCAUAACUCUAUCGACUAAUAUUGUAGAUAGAGUUCCAAGAAUUGAAGAGGAUUUGGGGUAUCUUUUUCUGUAUCUAAUGGAACAAUAAACAUUUUUGACGUAAUUCCACUUAUGCCAUUAUUCCAUGAGG